AUGCUGAACCCCUGGAUCCUUCCCUUUGUCUUCGUCGGAAGUGCGAUUGCUUCGAAACUCGCUCCUUCCUCUCCCGAAGUCCUGCUUGACUAUGAGCCGUUUGGCGGGAAGAACGCGAGCAUUUUAAAAUCGCCCGCAGACUGGAACAGGAACACGUAUCCGAUCUUUGUACACUCGCAUAAUGAUUACGAGCGCCGUGUACCUGUGCUUGAAGCUCUUUCCUACGGUGCAUUGAGCAUUGAGUCGGAUGUUUGGCUUAACCCGAAGGAUGAAGUACUUUACGUGGGCCACGACCCCUUCUCACUUACUACGAAACGCACUUUCCACGCGAUAACUGUCAAGCCGCUUAUGCAAGCGAUUGAUCAAGCAAACACUGCAAAUGCUGUACAUGUCCGGAAUGACGCAUCGUCGUUGUUUGCUGAUCUGCAAGCAUCAGUGGCUACGAAGGACUCGCCUUGGUGGAAUGGAUAUUAUUCUUUGGGCGUCGGAAACACGCAGCCCAUUCAGCUGAUGGUGGACAUCAAGAACGAUGCUGAAAACUCCUGGAAAAAGGUGCUUAGUGCAUUGGAGCCGUUGCGCAAGCGCGGGUACCUGACGAGGUACGAGUAUGGCAAAGUGAUCCCAGGGCCUAUUAUCGUCGUGGGCGCUGGAGCGACGCCUAUUGAACAGGUCGCAGGGAAGCAUAAGCGGGACGUGUUUUAUGAUUGCCAGCUGGCUGAGCUGCGCAAACCUGGCCCCAAAGUGCAAGGCAUUCAGUACGAGUGGAACUCCACAUUGUGCCCUAUUGCCUCAGGCGACUUUGCGUCCAUUACAGGAGACUAUACCGGCGUGCAUAUGCCUUCUAAGAAGAUUAAUGAGUCCAUCAGCUCAGUGGUUCGUGAAGCGCACAAGCGCGGUAUCAAGACGCGUUUCUGGGACACGCCCGCAUGGCCUGCGUACGCUCGGGACCGUGUUAACAAGCUCCUCCUUGAGCUUGGCUCUGAUUGGAUCAAUGCAGAUGACCUCUCGGCAAUUGCCAAGUUCUAG